AUGGAGUCCGGCAAUGCAGCCCGUGACCAUAUCGAUGAAAUCAGGCAGGACAGAAGCCCAGGGCCCAACAAGCGAAACGUCGAAGAUCUGGAGAACGCGCUGAACCUGCUCUCUGUGGAAUUGUAUACCAGCGACACCCACUUUUUACUCGAACUUCUCCAGAAUGCCGACGACAAUCAGUACGAGGCCUCAAAGCCAACCUUCUCCCUAACUCUCACAGACGACGCCCUUAUCACCCACUGCAACGAAACAGGCUUCACUAAACGCAAUGUCGAGGCCAUUUGCAGAAUCGGAAAAACCUCCAAGGUCAAGUCCUCGGCUGGUCGAGGGUACAUCGGCGAGAAGGGCAUCGGCUUCAAGUCAGUUUUCAAGGUUGCCAGCACCGUCUGGAUUUCUUCCUGCGAGUACUCGUUCAAGUUUGAAAAGGAACAUCCUCUCGGUAUGAUCACUCCGAUUUGGGAGCAACUGCCCGAGGAUCAGCUCUCCAAAGAUGCACCAGAGGGUGGCACGUCGAUGCGACUUCAACUGUCACAUGACUGUGACAGAAGACGACUACGGGAAGAGAUGACCUCUUUCGACCCCAACAUCCUCAUCUUCCUCAGGACACUGGAGCAAAUCACACUGACCGUCACCGACUCGAAUGGAUAUUCAAAGAGAGUGCUACGUCGAGUGAGAGAGCCAAACGCCAUCAAAAUCUUGGAAAACGACAAGGAGAUUUUCCAUUAUGCCACAUUCACACACACCGUUCCAAUCAUGCCUUAUGAGCCGAAACGUGAGGGCAUCACCCAGUCCGAGAUCUUAUUGGCAUUCCCAGUACAGGACACCCCAAGUCUACCCCCAGCACAUCAAGUCUACGCUUUUCUCCCAAUCCGUAACUAUGGCUUCAAUUUUCUGAUUCAGGCAGACUUUUUGCUCACACCCAAUCGCGAAGACCUGAAUAGCUCGUCUUGGAACAAGACCUUGCGCGAUUCGAUCCCAAAGGCCUUUGUUGCGGCAGUGAAUCAUCUCAAGGGGACAAGUCUUCGCUAUUCAUGGCCACGGUACAUUCCCUCAUCCCUUCAAGGCCCAUUUUCAAAGACUUCUCAGCAGAUCGAAAAAAGGCUCAAGAACAGUCAUGUGUUGGAAUCCGAACAUGCAUAUGGUGGCUUCAAACAGCCAUCCUCACUGACUUUUGUUCCCGACUUGUUCACUUUUGAAGACCCCGAGGACGGAAUGAAAAAAGCCUUGACUCUCAACGAAUGGACUCGAUCAAAGUAUCUGUCUCAGAAAUACUCUCAUGAUGAUGUCCAGCAUCUGAAGCGUAUAGGCCUGCUCGAGUUAGACUUCCCGACGUUUGUGGAAGACCUGAAAAUGCACCUUGACCGGCGAAAAGACGAGGAGAAAUACCAGCCAAAGAUAUGGCAUUCUCGAUUGGCCGAGAUUUUUAUCCAGCAGCCCAUCGUGUCUCGGUAUCCGGCGUCGGUCUUUGACCUGCGGAUCAUACCGUUGCGUGGAGGACAGUGGAUUUCGGCCAACGAAGCCAAGGGCAUGCUUUUUUUCCCGUCUCAAGACACAAUCGAACUGGACUUGGGGGACACGUCGAUCAUGGAGAUAAACCCGGAUGCUUUGGAAUCUGAAGCACGGACUGAGCUAUUUCGGAGGCUAGGAGCCAAGCAGUUCAACGACCAAGAAAUCUGCCAAGCCAUCUUUCAACUACACGAGUCCUUAUCAUCCACAAGCCACCUUUCGGUCGAGAGCCUUGUUUCUCAUAUCCUCUUUCUCUUUCACCAUUCGUGGCAAAUCCCGAACACUACUGUGAUGUGGGUCGUAACGCAGAUGGGACAACGGGUCCGAGCCUGCCAGGUAUACACGCUUCUGUUGGAAGUGGGUGACGAGGUUCUUCCAGCUCUACAUCGGAGUUAUGUCGACAAUGUUGAUUUGAAAGACCGAGAAAGAUUGGACCGCUGGUUUACGGAUGGACUCGGUAUUCGGCGUGUUCCUCCUCUUGUAGAAGGCUCCACCAACAGAUUUUUGCUUUCCAGGGAUAUGAGUCUCGUAAGAGACAAGUGGGCUUCAGCCGACUUCUUGAAGCUACUGCGAGACAACAUGGAAGAGUACUCAGAAUGGUUGGAGAUGGGCUCAAACAAGUCCAGGGAGUGGAUCAACUCCAGCGAAAAGCUGAAGGCAUGCCUGGCGAAAACCAAGGUGCAAUGCCGUGGCGAGCGCCCCUAUGCCCGCCUGAAUGAAACCAUUCUUCUACCAGCUGGGCAGGGAAAGUGGUCGAAGCUGGAGGCUCACUUCCCCGUCCUCGAUGUCCCGGAGCCAGAGAGCUCGUCCUGGUCGUUUCUGCGGCAUUUUGGUGUUCGUGACGGAACUAACCUAGAACUCUACCUGGAAAUUCUGAAAACUGCCCGAGACGACAAACGGUCGGGGGACUACACAUGGGUGUAUGAGUCAAUACAGGAUAUCUGGUCACAAAACGAUAGAGCUAUCGGGCAAGCCUUCUCAAGACAAUCCAUCAUCUUCAUCCCGGAAACUAAAUUCACCGAGCCGCAGUGGGUUACUGCUGAUGAAUGCGUCUGGGCCGGCCCCGAGCUCCUCAGACGGAUUCCAGUCUUGAAUAGGGUGUAUGGAUCCUGUGAAGCACUCUUCAAGGGGUUCCUAGGGGUGAAAGGGACGACUACAGAGAUUCUAAUCGCCGAGGCGAAAAAGAUUCGGGAUGACGACAACAUUGGGUAUAUUGCCGCUCUGUUCUCGGUCAUUGAUGCAUAUGCUCGCCGCGACGAGGAGAGUCAACAGCUAAAACAGCGGUCGAAACAUCAGAAACAGCGGCCGAAACAGCUAGCUAAGAUGAUAGCAUCUCUUCAAGACUACCCGAUCUUCCCCAUUGAGCUCGAGCGUUACAAGGAGGGGGCCCAAGGACGUCACAUGCUUCGUUCGUGGACCUCGAAGACUUGGUUCAUCGCGGACCGCCCUCACCUCCGCGAGUCCUUGGCAGAUGCGGUUCUGCUGCUUGCCUUUGACAUAGGUCAGUUCGAUCGUAUGGAAUGGAUUCGACAUCUGCCGGGCAUCGAGGAGCGGCUGCUGUCCAAGGUGGCCUUUUGCCGACCCAUGCCUGGACUGCACGCUGUACAAAACGAUGCUUACACGAAACUAUUCCGGACCAGGUCCAAGUUCAUUUCAUGGCUGAUACCUCGCUCCUGGCCCGAGAGAGAUAACAAAGUGAAGCAGCUGAAGUCUGCGGUAGUAUUUUGUGCUGAUAGGCUGGAGGUGACGUGGGUUGUGAGGGAUGGCUCUUACGAAUAUUACAGUAAGCCUGCCCCUAGCAGGGCUCUGGCGAUUCAGGGUGACGAUGGCAUUCAUAUCUACAUGAAUUCCCAAGACGUCAUGUCAAGUUCCAUACCCCCAGAGGUUGCAGAGUCGCUGUCGGCGGACUGUGGCAUUCCAGACAAAGCAAUGACUACACUAGUGGUCUUGACCUACAAGGAAGAAACAAUCGAGGCCGAGCUGGCACGCCGGGGAGUAUACAAGCCAUUCGAGGAUGAUCCUUACGCCGAUUUUGGCGAAGACGAGGAUGGCGAGGACGAGCAGUGCAAAGAAGGAUCGGCGCGAAAUACCUCGGUCGAGAAGCCCAAGGUCCAACCGGAGAAGAGGCCGAACCAUCCAAAUGAGCAUCCCAAACUCCGUACUGCAAAGGGGCCUCUGAAGGAGGUAAAGGUCAAUGUGUUGGUGCCCUCACCAGCAGACUCAGGUUCAACGGCAGAAGCCGUUGACGAGAUGCCAUCCCAGGCACGACGCCACGGAAAGAACAAGAAUCGCGACUCUGAGCUAAAUAACAUGUCAGAAGGUCCAUCCAAGCCUCGGGAACGAAAGAGUACGUCUCUUGGCGCUCAGAUGGAGCCUCCAGUAGGAAAGGAGAAGUCGUGGGCGAUCUUGGCAUCUCUCAAAAAGAGCAUCGGGUACAAUAUCGACUAUGGUUCCCAACAUAUGACGGAGCAGCAUCUGUCUCCCGCCGAUACAAUCACACGUUCGAUGGCCUCGCUUGGUCAGAAAACCGAUGCAGCUCGCUCUUCGCGAGCCCUAGCUUACUCGACUUCUGUGGGCAGAAUCCCACAUCCGCCCAGUUCAAGCGUGCCACCAGCCAAGACGCUCAGCGAAGUUGUAGAAUCCUUCUCCCAACCAGCCAAUACUGUCAAGAUCGAGGACCUCGCCCAGCUGCCUUAUGUCCAUGGAAUGGACAACAAGUUCAGCCUCACGGGUCAAGCCAACAUGAUCUUCGUUCCCAACCCCCAGGAUCUACCCCAGCUCAGCUCGACAGCAAGAUCGAACCCAAAUGGCUUCACAGUUCUUCCAGCAUGUUUGCAGCUCGCCAAGGAUGGAGACCGAACAAUCUUUAUAGCCCGGAACAACCUAGGGACCGACGAUCAUGAGUUGGCCUUUCUUGGACAAGCACUUGUUUCAAACAGGUUAAAAGAGCUCCUUGGAGACCGCUACAUCGAAGAGAAACACUGGACGAGCCCUAUGCGUUGUCGUUUAACCCAGGGCCCAUUCAACUUCGAACCAAAGCGUGCCACAUUUACUAUCACCAGCGAUGAUGGAGCCAAUUUCACAGAGUUCUUAGUUCGUAACUUAUACAACGAAGCCAUGAAAUGGAGAGAGGGGUGCCCGAACUAUCACAUUGAGGUUCACGCUACGGCUGGCAGCCCAGGAUCCCCGUUGGUUAUGAGGACGUCGACGAUGGAAAUGGCUCGCAAGUACCGUCUAGGACAAACCUCUGCUUUGCCAGAUAAUGUCUUUAUCCUCAUUUGCAUUUUCAACUCGCAGGCGGAGCCCGAACUACGGCUCUUUGUCGACCCGUGGGCACUCUACGCGGCCGGGGAGCUGGAGCUGGAGGCCAAGGCCGACUAUGCGAAUUACCAUCACGUUAUCAUCAACCGUAGGAGUGGCAUUAGGGACCCCGAAUGGACUGGCGCGCCGAGACGCAAGCAAGGAUAUGCUCAAUUGGUUUGGGACUUUUUCCAGAGAGACGGUCCUUCUCGUAGCCUGCCACCACCGGCCGAGUCGUAUGUCUGGGAACCAUUGAGAUUCUCGACAAACACAAGACUGCUUUGUCUUAAGCCGGGCAAUGACAUUGACGAACUCCGCGGUGAGCUCAAGGAGAUUUCCCUAGACCCCAACGUUGGCGUCGAGUAUUUCGCCAUCUCGUACGCUUGGGGUAGCAGCCUCAAGCAAUUCUCCUUACAGACCCCCCAGGGACGCAUACCGCUAACUGCCUCUCUAUAUCUCGGGUUAAAGCGCCUGCGGCGGAAGCAUGACGAGAUCUGGUUAUGGGCGGAUGCGAUAUGCAUCAACCAAGACGACAGAGAAGGCGACGACGAGAAGGCGCGCCAGAUUCGCCUGAUGACCAACAUCUUCCAGUCAGCCGCCCGUGUCUACAUCUGGCUGGGGGAAGAGGAAGAUGAGAGCGACAUAGCAAUCCAGUUCUUGGAGAGGAUUACACCGAUAGCCUCGGCAGAGAUGGACGGUCAGGACCCGAAACACCUCCCUAACAUUGACUUCCCGAAAGUAGAGGACCCAACAUGGAGCAUCCUAACCAAGCUUCUCGAGCGCAAGUGGUUUCGGCGAGUAUGGGUCGCCCAGGAGCUCGUUCUUGCUCAGGAGGCCAUUGUGGUGUGCGGUUCCCACCAGAUGCCCUGGGAUACGUUCCACGCUGCAGUAGAGCUAUGCUUUGCAGUCGUCGAAAGCGAGGGGUUUGGCUUUCUUCUGCCUCGGCAGACCAAGGUCGCUGCCGUUCUACACCUGGGAGCAUUCCGCCGGUACUACUAUAGCGACCGUGUCGGCCAAGACCGUGCCCCGCGUGACGAGCUGCUAACGCUUCUUGAGCGCUUCCAGAUGGCAGAAGCUACUCGCCAGCGUGACAAACUGUUUGCUCUGCUGAGUCUGGCCAAGGAUGGCAAAGACUACACCCCAGACUACAAGAAGCCCCUAGAACACAUCAUCUCCCACUUUGCGGGUGUGCUUGUCGAGAGAGGCAGAACAAUGGACUUGCUGUAUCGGGCAAGGGGUUAUUCGGAGCAAUUCGCCCAGUUUCCCUCCUGGAUCCCCAACUGGAUGUCCAGUCCGUUCCCAGACACCAUUUCCAGGUGGCCUAGCAGAACCGGCGGCAAGAACUUUGCGGCUGCCACUUCGGUAAACUCGGACACACCGAAGCCGCGGGUUAAUGGAUCAGCCCUCCACAUCCAUGGUUACAAGCUGGAUUCGAUCAAAAAGCUCGGGCAGUGCCGUUCAAACACCAACGAGAUCAGAUCCUACCUCAACGAGAUCUUCAGCACCGUUGACGAGGUGUACUGGGAAUUGGCAGAGGAUGAAAGGAGAAAGAUCAAGUGUCAGCUACCUAUCGGCAACGCCAGCAAGGCAUCCAGGGACAAUUGGCACAAGGGAGAUCGUCAUGCAUCAUUCUUGGCCCUGAUGGAUUACCUCAAGCGUCACAAGGAGCUUGACAAGGCCGAAUCCCACAAGCUCCUGAGUCUGCGGAGACCAGACAUUCCUACCGUGUCGGACGCGCAGCUUCGCCAGUUGCAGCCUUAUAUGUUUACAGUUUUGGAUUUCGCAGAGCUCUUUUCGUCGGCCGUCGUCGCUGUUACCAACAAGAAGCGGUUGGUGGGAAUCGUUCCCGCCACGGCCCAAGAGGGAGAUUUAGUCGUCAUGUUUGGUGGGAGUGAGGUCCCUUUUCUGAUCCGCAAGGGUCUUGAACCUUUUCAGUUUUACUUUGUCGGUGAAUGUUAUUUUCAUGGUGUCAUGUACAGGGAGCAUGGCAUAGGCUCACAAAUCAAAGAAUUCCAGGUGUGUUAG